AACGAACCUCUGUUUCUGCAGUAGUUGGCCGCGGCAUGUUUUCGUAGAGUAACAGGUUAAGGAUUUAAAUUUUAUUUUUCAUAAAAAAGUUGCCAUUUAAAGUGAUCUCUUUAUAUUCAUAUGAGUGUCACUUAUACCUGUAUAAUUCGAUUGUAGUUUAGCAUCGUAGAUUUUUCGUAACUCUACUGGAUCAACCUUGGUAUAGAUUACAGUAGAAAUAUGUGUAGACGGUGAUGAGACAAAAAAAAAAUCAUUUUAUAGCUUUCUUUUUUUUUUUUAAUAAAAUUUUUUAUUCCAUCCCCAUCACUCUGUGAUUCUGUGAUCCAUAAUUUUUAAAAAAUAAAUAAAAAAGAAAAACAAAUUUCUACAUCUUCAGUCUAAGUAGUCUACCACAAGAACAAGAAGCUACAUCUCAGUUAAGGCUCACAGUGAAGAGUUCAAGUAAUAGAGCGAAUAUGACAAGAACCGCCCUUAUUUUGGCUGACAGCUCAAAGAAUAUUCAAGGAUAGCUCUUGAAAAAAUUAGGGGGCUUCCACAGGUCAAGCUAGAGCCAGUGAUGAUGUCUGAAACCUUCGUGAUAGAUAACAAUGAGGUGAGCGUUCAUUUGAAUGAUAGGAUCCCUGCUGAAAUUGCUGAGAAUUUUAAAGAAUUCUUUCCUGAGGAUGGCGAUCUUAGUCUUGAAGAAGUCCUACUACAACAGGAAAGCGCUUUCCAGUAUAUUCAAGCAAAUGGAAAAAACAAGGAUAAGACCUCAAAUAAUGGUCAAACCAGUAAUAGGAGUCAGCCAAUUGUGCAAGAAGGUGAAUGUUCCAGUGGUGCAACUGAUCAAUUGCAAUCGGCUACGGAUGAAGCUUUAGCUAGAGCCUUGCAGGAGUAUUUCUACAUAAAUGAGCCUAAUGGUACUGUGGCUGAAAGCAGAGAGCCAACUCCUAGUGAAACACCAGUUAGGGUUACAAAUCAUUCUUUAAGGCAAGAUGAUAUAGAUCCAGAUAACAUGACUUAUGAGGAACUGCAAUCUUUAGGGGAAGCCGUUGGUCACGAGAGCAAAGGGCUUUCAGAAGUUCUCAUUGCUCGACUACCCACAUUCAAAUACAAAACGGGGCUGUUCUCCAAGAAACGGAAAAAAGAGUGUGUGAUAUGUUGCUCAGAGUAUAAAAGUGGGGCUCGCUUGACCACUUUGCCUUGUGCACACCAGUAUCAUUCAGAGUGCAUAACACGCUGGUUGAAACUGAAUAAAAAUUGCCCCGUCUGCCAAGAGGAGGUCCGAGAAGAUUAAUUGGCCCAAGACCACUAAAAGAAGAGAAGUGAGUGGUCUCUGUUACUGGCGCGUGUACUCGUGUUCUUUGACGACUCUGGAAUUUUGGUGUAAAACAGGAAAUGACCUGCUGCUCCUGAGGCUAGAAGUUCUGUACUAGUAAAUUGUGCUUGUAAAGGAAUUUGACUUCCAUCUCUUGCUUUUUUAUCAUGUGUGAAUAGCUUCUGGUUUCACCUUCGCUGCGAAAACGUUGUAGUUGUCCUCCCCUACAUGUUUUGCUUGCGAAUCCUUGCAACUUGGUAAGGAGAUUCUACUCCGUUUUAGAUUUC